UUUUGUACGUUCAUUAUCUAGUAAUUAGCUGUCUGGACUAGACCUUGACGUCAAACUCUUUUGUCAACUUGGAAUUUGCCACGUGGAAAAUUUUAAUAUUUAAAAAUUUCUUUUAUUAAUUAAAAAUAAUGAAUAAUUUUGUGAUAAUAAUAAGUGUCUUAUUUUUUUGUGCAAUUGUACACGCACAAAACUCAAUGAAUGAGACUGAAAAUUGUUUAGAAAUUUGUAAAAAUGAAACAAUAAAACAUUCAAUUAUGAAAAGAGACAGAUUUUCAGAUGCAUAUGCCGGAUUACUUGAAUUAAUACAAAAAGUAAUCGAUGCAAUCUCGGACAUUAUUAAAUACACACCAGAAGCUACAGAGAACUUCCUCAAGGAAUUUAUCGAGAAUGCCUUGAAAUCUUUACAAGAAAAAAUAUCACCCGAAGAACGCAAGUAAUUUAAGGCGUGACUUUGUAUCGUAAAAUUUUUUGUAAAAAUGAAUAAAAUUUAAAUAAAUUGUGUCACAUUAAUUGAUAUUCAAAAUUACUU